UGUGACUACGAGGAUAUAAGCUCUGGGUUUGGACAAUGACGCACGUAUUACGUCACUUAUCAACACGGAACAAGCAUGCACAUUCGACUUUGCCCCAGUCGACUUAAGGGAUCGUCAGUAUGGAUGGCUACAGAAUCCUGAAAGUGAUUGGGGAGGGGUCCUUUGGCCGUGCUCUAUUGGUCCAACCUGAAGAAUGUGACUCAAAAUGUGUACUGAAAGAAAUACGAAAGAAGGCUCGAAGUGGAGCAGAACAGUCCCGAAGAGAAGCUGUGCUCCUGGCCAGAAUGAAUCAUCCAAAUAUUGUGGCCUUUAAGGAUUCAUUUGAAGCUGACGGCCAUCUGUACAUUGCCAUGGAGUUCUGCGGCGGAGGCGACCUACUUCAGAGGAUCCGUCAGCAAAAGAGCUCGCAUUUCUCCCAGGACGUUGUCCUGAAAUGGUUUGCCCAGAUGUGCUCAGGUGCCAAACACAUCCACGACAAGCGGGUGUUGCAUCGGGAUUUGAAAGCCAAGAACAUUUUCCUGACAGACAAUGGAAUAGUCAAGCUGGGAGACUUCGGGUCGGCCUGUGUUCUAAGCAGUGCUCAAGGCUAUGCUCAGACAUACGUUGGUACACCAUAUUACGUGUCUCCAGAAAUCUGGGACAAUAAACCAUACAACAACAAGAGUGAUGUGUGGUCACUGGGUUGUGUGUUAUAUGAACUCUGCACUCUUCGGCAUCCGUUCCAGGCCCAAAGCUGGAAGAGCCUGAUCCUAAGAGUGUGUAGAGGAGCCUAUGACCCCCUGCCCAAACACCUCCCUUAUGAGCUCCACUACCUGAUCAAGCACAUGUUCAAGACCAACCCCAGGGACCGGCCCUCUAUCCAGACCAUCCUGACCUCUCACCGAAUCUCCAGGCUGCUGCAGAAACAUCUGCCUACAGAGAAACCACAGACGGCGAGGGUACACCGCUGGAGGAGAGAAGAAGGAGAAAUGGUAGCCGCACUCAUGGGCCAGAAGACGCUUCUGACUGCCUCAACAGUGGAGAGCCCUUUUGGGGAGAACUCAGACUCAGAGAGCCACGAAGGAGAGCCGGGGCCUCGCCGGAGGUGGGCUGCAGGCCCCUCCGAGACGGUCCUGAAGGUCCUGAGAGACGCUGAUGUAAUUUGCUCUGACAGCAUGCCUAUCAGUGAGCUCGAAGCAAGUUCAGAGGCUCUUCCCUGUGAGGCCCAGCAGAAGAGAGAGAGGAGACAGUGGGAUCGGGAGCCUCCAGAGCGUCUUCUGAGCCUGCUAGAGAAAGCCAGCCUCGACUCCGCAUUCAAAACCUACACUAUACACAGAAAAGGUGAAGGCCCUCCAAUGGGCCCGCUGGCAGAUGGAAAAGAUGAUGCUGUUGACGGCCCUGAGGAUGACAUCAUUGACGAGAGCAGGCUGGACCCCCGCUCCGAUGAUGAAGAUACGGACUUCGAGGAAGAAGCUCAUUUUGACUUGCUGGAUGGACUUGAAAGAAUAACUACUGAUUACUAAUAUUUUAUCACUAUUUUCUACAAACACUACCUUUAUCUCAUCACCCUUUUAUGUAAAUGUAUAAAGAAUGGCAAGCGGUAGCAGAUGUCCUAACGGCUUAGCUUUUCAGAUGACUGGUAGGCUAUGAGUCAUAUUGUGGUUAUGACCAUACAUUUUUGGUCUUGAAAUGUAUAGUCAUGUGAAACCCUAGCCUUGCAUUAACCUGUUGAGGCUUCAGUGAUGACUGCUAUGUGUUGACACGGGGUGUUUUGUGGUCAGUGUGCCACAGAUACUGUGCCCCACAAUCACACAUCACUAUAGAGACCACAUCAAGUCGAUGCCUGAGUUCUAUGCUGUUGUCUGGUGAUACGCUUGCUAGCAUGCCGGCUUGAAGUCUAAGAACAGGUCCAGUUGUACCCGCUUGCUCAUCUGUCAGCUGUUCCAUGUCAUUUCACCCUUGUGGUAGGCAUUUCAUUUGGUGGACUCUACUGCCAAACAUCUGUGUUGAAGGCCAAGUUGCCAAUUGGUAACAUUCCUGUUGUGGUAUUAAAGAGAUUUUUCCCUUUUCA